AUGAUUCUUACUGCAAUACCACAAAGGGAUUAUUUCAUGCAAUAUCUAUCUUAUUUUAAACAAUUGCAUGUAAAGGAUUUAAUUGUUGCCUCAGAGCCCGAUCCAGAACUAGAUUUCUUUGAAGCCAAUCAUAUUAAUGUUCAUAGCAUCCAAUCAGAAGAUGGUGCAGCUCCUUCUCAGAAGAUUAUUGAUUUAUUUUGGAGCUUAUUUACAUCUCCAAAAAGAGGUCAUAAUGACUUCAUUGCUGUUGCAUGCAGAAGAGGAUGUGGUGUUUCACCUGCAUUAGCAGCAAUAGCAUUGAUUAAUAAAGGAUAUUCCCCUGAAGAAGCUCUAGAGCAGAUGAGGAAAUAUAAUCCACACUUCAUUACCGAGCGCAAAAGAAGAUUUUUGCUAACGUAUCAACCGACAAUAGAAAAGAAUGAAUGCAGAAUAUCUUAG